AUGCCCGAGAAGGAGGCCUCGGACCCCAAGGGAGGCGCCGGGGUUGAAGAGGACCCCUUUCUCAAGAGCACCUGCGUCUACUCGAUCAGCUCGUGCAUGAUCCUGAUCCUGGUGUUCUUCAUGGCACUUCCCGGAGCCCUGAUGCCCUAUUUGACCCGGGUUCGGUUCAUCAGGGAUGUGCCCAAGAAGGAAGACAUCCAGCUGGACAACAGAGGCCCCGAACCACUCCUGAUUUGCCAGCUGGACCCGCACAGCUUUUCGAGGCCUCCGCCUUGGACCUACGCCCAAAGAUAUAUCCCUGUUCACCUGUGCUCGCACAUUGUGCUUCCGCUUGUAGGCCUACCUGAUUUCUUCAGUGACAUGCAGAACUACGACAGCCUGACUUCGGCCAACCCGCCAUUUCACCUUGCCGACCUGACUCCCCUCGUUAAGUCCAAGCCGCACCUAAGGCUCUUGGCAGGAUUGGGAAGUUUUCAAGAUGCUAGCGGGCUCCUGCAUCGGGUUGCAUUGAGCCAAGAGAGAAGCACGGCGUUUGCGCGGAACUUACUUCGCUGGACUCUCGUGAACCGCCUGGAUGGACUGAUGGUGACCGGCCUUUUUCCAGUGUCGGACGGCCAUCUACGCAAUUCUGCCGUGCGCUUGCUCAAGAAACUGGCCACUCUCUUUCGCCACAGGGAGUUCCUGCUCGUGUUGCCACCCGAGUCGUCUCUGUUACGCAGGCCUAACGCAGGCAAGAGGCUUGCGCAGCUGGUGGAUAUGGUCGUGCUGCCACCGCAAUGGAUCGGACGCAGCCGAGCGCUGGAAAAUGUCCUUGCAAGCAGCUUUCCUCCUUCUAAGCUGAUUGGGGCCAUCCGCUUUGAAGGCAUUCCGUACACGCUAAACCACAGGGAUAGUUACACUGGUUCUGUGCCAGGCAACGAACACACGUUCGCGUAUCACGAGCUGUGCGCCAAGCGAGGCUGGAAGCGCCACAGCGACGGGGACAUCACUCUCUUGCAUCGCGGUCGUUCUUGGUUCAUAUACGAAGACGCGCAGUCCUUGGCAAUGCAAACUGCAAAAUUCAUGGAGAAAGGACUCGCCGGCAUCCUUGUGUGGGAUGUCAGUGCCGACGACUUCCUGGGCUUCUGUGGCACCAAGAACAUUCUACUCGAAACCGUUCAUAAUGCUUCUUUAGCGAUGAGUGCAUCGUUACUGAAUUUGACAUCGGAAACCUGGAACAACAACCCCAUGAAUGCCUCUUCAGUUGCCGAAUUAAACAUGUCAGUCUUAUGA